UUUCAGUGUGUGCUGCUGUCUUCGACCAGCAGGAUGCAGAGGUUGUGUGUAGAGAGCUGGACUGUGGGGCUCCUGUACAGGUGCUGGGAGAAGAUGCUUUUGGAAAAGGAGAAGCUCAGAUGUGGACACAAGAGAUUCAGUGUAGAGGAAAUGAGACUCAGAUUCACCUCUGUUCAAAAUCAUUUCAUAACAACAGUUGUUCAUAUGAUAAUUACCAGGGGCUGUUAUGUGCUGAUAAAAUGAAUGUGAGGUUGGUUGGUGGUCACAGUCGCUGUGCUGGUAGAGUGGAGGUUCAUCAUAGAGGUCAGUGGGGAAAAGUAUGUGGGAAUUUUUGGGAUAUGACUGAUGCUGCAGUGGUGUGUAGAGAGCUGGACUGUGGAGAACCUGUAGAUGCUCUGGCUGAUACUCAGUUUGGACAAGGAUCAGAACCAAUCUGGAUGAGUACUGUGUUAUGUACUGGAUCAGAGUCUACACUGAAGAACUGUGGGGCAUCAGGAUGGAGCAUACAUGUCUGUACUCACAAUUCAAAUGCUGGGGUCAUCUGUUCAGGUCAUAAUCCUUCCAGACUUGCUGCUGGCUCUCAUCUUUGCUCUGGGAGGUUAGAGAUACUUCAUAAUCAGAUGUGGGUUUCAGUGUGUGCUGCUGCCUUUGACCAGCAGGAUGCAGAGGUUGUGUGUAGAGAGCUGGACUGUGGGGCUCCUGUACAGGUGCUGGGAGAAGAUGCUUUUGGAAAAGGAGAAGCUCAGAUGUGGACACAAGAGAUUCAGUGCAGAGGAAAUGAGUCUCAGAUUUCAUUCUGUUCAAUAUCAUCAUCACAGAAACACAACUGCACCAGUGACAAUAGUGUGGGACUGAUAUGUUCUGGUUACACAGAUCUCAGGAUGGUAAACAGUUCAGACUCUUGUUCUGGAAGAGUGGAGCUUUGGUUUAUCAAUAAGUGGGGCACAGUGUGUGAUGCAUGCUGGAAUAUGAGAGCUGCCAGUGUCCUCUGUAGACAGCUGAAUUGUGGGAUUGCUGUGUCUGUUGUGGGAUCAGACUGGUUUGGAGAGGGAAGUGGUGAAAUCUGGGCUGAUGUGUUUGAUUGUGACGGGAAUGAAACAAAACUCUCAGAAUGUUCCAUCUCUUCAUGGAGCCGAGCUGAAUGUUCUCAUAGACGAGAUGUUGGUGUCAUCUGCUCUAAUUCCUCUCUGGCUGUUCAUGAUGGUCUGGUGCGGUUGUCUGGAGAGAGACAGUGUGAGGGGGAGGUGGAAGUUUCCAUCCAUCAGGUCUGGAGGAAAGUUCUGCUGGACUCCUGGAGUCUCACUGAAUCCUCUGUGGUCUGCAGACAGCUGGGCUGUGGCUCUGUGCUGAACUUCUCCGGCUCCUCUUCAUCCAGUCCUGAACACAGUCAUGAGUGUGUGACGGGCUUCCAGUGCUCUGGGAGUGAAGCUCAUCUGGGGAACUGCAGCUCUCCACAAACUCUCAACUGCAGCUCCACACAACAGCUGUCAAUCACCUGCCUUGGUCACGGGUCCAUCAGGCUGGUGGGUUCUGGGGGAGACUGUGCAGGGAGGCUGGAGGUUUUUCACAGCGGCUCAUGGGGGACAGUGUGUGAUGACUCCUGGGAUAUUAAAGAUGCCCAUGUGGUGUGCAGACAGCUGCAGUGUGGAGUGGCCCUCAGUAACCAGCAGGUACCAGCCUGGUUUGGUCCUGGUUCUGGACCCAUAUGGCUGGAUGAGGUGGAGUGUGAGGGGAAUGAGACGUCCCUGUGGAGCUGCUCUUCUCCAGGCUGGGGAAAACAUGACUGUCAACACAAGGAGGAUGUAGCAGUUGUGUGCUCAGAGUUUAAAGAUAUCAGGUUAACUGAGGGCUGUGAAGGGAAUGUGGAGGUUUUCUACAAUGGAUCCUGGGGUAAUGUUUGUUACAAUAAGAUGGACAGAGACACAGCGAGUCUGAUCUGUCAAGAGCUGAACUGUGGAAGAUCUGGUGUUUUGUCUGUUUCUACACCAAGAUUGGAAUCAGCUCCUUACUGGCUGGAUGACGUGAAAUGUCGACCACAUGAUUCAAAUCUGUGGCAGUGUCCAUCGGUACCCUGGGGACAGAAUGACUGUGAUGAGGAUGAAGUGGCCAAAAUCACCUGCUCAGAACAGGAGACUCAUGAGUCCCCUCAUUUGUCUUGCUCCACAUCUCCACAUCAGAGACAGUGUAUGACUCCUACUAUAGUAAACAAUCAUGUUCCUCUCAGACUGAGUGGAGCGGAGAGCCGGUGCUCUGGGAGGCUGGAGGUGUAUCAUAACGCUGUGUGGGGCUCAGUCUGUGAUGAUCUGUGGGACAUCAGCGAUGCUCAGGUGGUCUGCAGACAGCUGGGUUGUGGAGCAGCACUGAGGGCUGAUGGGAAUUCAGUCUUUGGUGCUGGUGAAGGUGUUGUGUGGCUGAACAGAGUCGAGUGCAGAGGGAAUGAGAUUCACCUGUGGGACUGUCCUCUCUCCCUGAAGAACCACACUGACUGCUCCAACAAAUAUCACGCUGGACUCACCUGUGCAGAUUUGUCAGUGUCCACUACUCCUGCCACAACAACAUCAUCUUCUCCUCCAGUUUCUCAGACAGUGAGCUCAACAUCAGUCUCUUGUCCACAAACUCCUCCGUCUCUCUCUGUGCUUGUGAUUGUACUGGGAGUUGUGCUCUUACUGCUCUUAGUGCCACUGCUUAUACUGAUUCAGCAGAACAGAGUGAUGAGGAGAGCUCUCUCUAAGAACACUGAGGCCAUUUAUGAGGACAUUCACAGACCCACUAAUAGACACCAUCUCUUCACUCAUAGGGGAAGUGUCCUUUCUGAAGAACAGUAUUCUGGGUAUGAAGAUGCUGAUAAUUUUCUUUCAGAAUCUGCAGUAGGAGUCACACCUGACUACUAUAAUGAUGUCACCAACUCUAAAGGUCCAGCAGAAGAACAACAAUUUAAAACAGAAAAUUAUGAUGAUGUGAUCACUGUUGGAUUGAGACAUCGUGCUACAGAUGACAUAUCAGAAAGCUAUGAUGAUGUUGUCGUCAUAAGACGUAUGCAGUCUGAAGGAGUAGAUGAUGAGAGAAAUAUCAGUGAAGAUGCGAGAGACUUGUUAGCAGGCUAUGAUUAUUUGAAGGAGGAGCCAAGAAAACAGGGAGGGGCUAUGUUCAGUUUGUGACCACACCCACCACCUCACAGUCUUUUACAGCUUUUAAUUGUCUCAACAAUGAGUUUAAAUGAUACAUACUAUUAAGCUUUAGGUUCAGUCCACCAUUGUUACAAGUUGAAGCAUUAAUAGAUAGCAUGGACUUCAAUUCAAAUAUAUAUAGAACAGAUAAAUAAAACAGACAGGGUAUUUUGUUCGUGUAUUCUCACAUUUCUGGUUAUUUAAUAAAAAGGCUCUAUCAUAUCAUCAUCACUAACGUUUCAAGCUCUGCAUAUGCAUCAAGUUUCUGAGGGUCAGAAGCCCAUACAAGAUAAAAUGACCAACAUGUACUUCUGCUCAAUGAAAAUGUAUUUUGAACUUAUUGCUUUUAGCAAAUAAAUAAAUAAAAGUGAUUUCAUCUUUUCUGAAGUUAGGAGUUCUUCAAAU